UUAACUUUUUAAAGUAAAAAAUUAUUUUUCAUAGUUAUUGUGUUCCUGAUUAUGGAAUAUCAUAGUCUUCAUUAAUCCAAAUGUUAACUCAGGGAUGUAUAUAAAAGAACUCAGUAACUUGAGAAGCUAUUGCUUGUAUCCACAGCUGGAUAAAUAUCUCAAUGAAGCAUGUAAAGGGAACUGUAUAAAAAUUCUACUGACAUUAUGAUGCAUACUGUCUGGAAGUGGGAUUUGUGCUCAGUCUGUUUGCUAGUGAGCUAUUGACAAUGCAUGGACAGACUGAGUUUAUGUGAUUCUUUCUUUAGGUACAAGAAAAAAAUGAAUGAUGGUGGAAAAAAACACAAGUUCUGAAGACUUCUUUAUUCUACUUGGAUUUUCUAAUUGGCCUCAUCUGGAAGUAGUUCUGUUUGUGGUUAUCUUGAUCUUCUACCUAAUGACACUGACAGGAAACCUGUUCAUCAUCAUCCUGUCAUACCUGGACUCCCAUCUCCACACUCCCAUGUACUUCUUCCUUUCAAACCUUUCAUUUCUGGAUAUCUGCUACACCACCAGCUCUAUCCCUCAGUUGCUGGUCAACCUCUGGGGCCCGGAAAAGACCAUCUCUUAUGCUGGUUGCAUGGUUCAACUUUACUUUGUUCUCGCACUGGGAAUUGCAGAGUGUGUCCUACUGGUGGUGAUGUCCUAUGACCGUUAUGCAGCUGUGUGUAGACCUUUGCAUUACACUGUCCUCAUGCACCCUCGUUUCUGCUGCUUGUUGGCUGCGGCUUCUUGGGUAAGUGGUUUUACUACCUCAGCACUUCAUUCUUCCUUUACUUUCUGGAUAUCUCUGUGUGGACAUCGCCUAGUGGAUCACUUCUUCUGUGAAGUUCCAGCACUUCUGCGUUUAUCAUGUGUUGACAUCCAUGCAAAUGAGCUGAUCCUCAUGGUCAUGAGCUCUAUUUUUGUUCUUAUACCUCUCAUUCUUAUUCUCACUUCCUAUGGUGCCAUUGCCUGGGCCGUACUGAGCAUGCAAUCAACCACUGGGCUUCAGAGAGUGUUUGGGACAUGUGGAGCCCAUCUUAUGGUUGUAUCUCUCUUUUUCAUUCCAGUCAUGUGCAUGUAUCUCCAGCCACCAUCAGAAAAUUCUCCUGAUCAAGGCAAGUUCAUUGCCCUCUUUUAUACUGUUGUCACACCUAGUCUUAACCCUCUGAUCUACACGCUCAGAAACAAGGAUGUAAGAGGGGCAGUGAAGAGACUAAUGGGGUGGGAGUGGGGGAUGUGA